AUGUCGGCAAACACAGAAUCUUUGAGCAUCGAUGCAGUGGUCGAAUUUCUGAAAAUAAAACAUUCUAAAAGUGUUAUAUUUUUUCUAUGCGACGAAAUACAUGAAACAUUUACGAAGAUAAAUGAUGAAAACGUGUCCGUUAGAGCGAUCGAUAUCAAUAGCAGAUUGGACAUUUUUCCCACCAAUAUAUUACCGCAUACAAGUAUCAGCCGAACGACAUGCGUUAUAGAUUAUAGCUGUCACAGAUCCUUCGCGGUAUUGGAGAAAUUUUCAGAUUUACAUUAUUUUAACAUAACUUACAGCUGGUUGUUUCUAUCCGAUUACGACACGACUGCUGAAGUAGAUAAUCUUCUUGGAAGUUUGAAAUCAAUUCAAAUGAACUCAGAUAUUACCGUAUUUGAGAAAGUAGAAAGCCUCAAUGAGACAAGAUAUGAUAUGAUUGAUGUGUAUGCGAAGGGUCGACACUUGUGCAAGGACAUUUACAAGCACAAAUAUGGAUCGUGGAGUAGUGACAAAAGAAUGAAAAUUGUGAAUGGUUAUAGCCGAUACUAUGCGAGAUAUAAUUUCGAGAAGCUUCAGUUACGUGGUGUAGCAGUGAUCGACAGAGACAACGUUUCAUCAACGGAUGUCGAUGGUAUACUAUCAGCUCCAGGUAGUGUGGAAGGUGUUGUAGUAUUUGUUCAAUACCAUUAUUCAUUGUUGAGCAUACUUCGCGAUUACCACAAUUUCAGAAUAAAAUAUCGUAUUACGAGAGGCUGGGCCGGACGACUCAACAAUGGCUAUCGGCUUGGUUUGUUGGGAAUUUUAACACGAAACGAGGCAGAUGUCGCAGCAACGGGCAUAUUCCAGAAAAAGAACCGUCAUGCCGAAUUCGAUGUUAUUCACAUAAGUUGGGAAUUUUCGUCCGGCUUCAUCUAUCGCAUCACACCCCAAUUAAGUGGUGCGUCCGGUGGAGGCAACUUUUUUGCUCCCUUUGAUGAUAAAGUUUGGAUAGCAUCGUCUGCCACUAUGUUAAUUGUGCUUAUCGUGUUGAGGUUCAGCAGUUUGAUAUUUUCCAGGGCAUUCCGAGAUGAAUCAGACAUAGCUGUAGUUGCUCACUUUCUAGACACUGUAGCAUCCAUCGCACAGCAAGGUUUAUCUAAUACUGUUUCUCGAAGAAUUCCUAUCAGAAUUAUUCUACUCACGUUGAUUGUUUUGAAUCUUGUGCUAUACAAUUACUAUACCUCUUCAGUUGUUGGAGGAUUACUCAGUUCACCUGGAAAAGGUCCACAAACUAUGAGGGAAAUUGUUGAAAGUCCUCUGACGAUAUCAUUUCGAGAUAUUGGUUAUCACAAAAUCUUGUUUCGUGAAACCAAAGAACCACUGGUGAAAGAGUUGUAUCAGAAGAAGUUGCAGCCGUCCCGUGAAGGUCUCGAUACCAUUCCAGUGUACACAGAUGUCGCAACGGCUGUACCGUACCUGAAGAAAGGUGGUUACGCGUUCCAUUGUGAAUUGAUCGAGGCUUUCGAAGCUAUUGCGAAUCAGUUUGAUGCUAAUGAAAUUUGUGAAUUACGAACGGCUACAGGACCUUUUUCAUACAUACAAAAGCUGGGCUUCGUCGUACCCAAAAGAAGUAUGUACACGGAAAUGUUUAAAAUAACAAUGAUGAGAGCACAAGAAAUUGGGUUGGUAAAGAGGAAUCUGAAAAUCUACAAAAUCGAAAAACCUAUAUGCCAAGCCGGAAGCCGAGUUCAUCCAGUUGAACUGCCAGGAGUAUCUUCUGCGUUCGUAAUCUUAGUUGGAGGAAUGGUUCUGGCGGUAAUUUUAUUUUUAAUGGAAAUGUUUAUUCAGAAAGCGGAAACCAAGAAAGCAUUUCAUUUCUAUUUGAAUUGA